UCCACAUACGGACCAGGGGAUGGGGAUCAUUUUUGUCUUGAUUGUUUCCUGACUCCGGACCACCCCAGGGACCCUCCAGAGAACUUGUUCUCCCACCUGAUGACUCUGCUGGUCUCACUUCCUGGAGAGAACCAGGCCAUGACUUGGGUCCUGUUUCUGUUGCUGCCAACAUUGUGCCUGCAAGCUGGGAACUCAGCAGGAUCCAACAGAGUAAAUACCUUUGGUGUUAACCAACCAGCACGCCUCUCUGGUGUCCAGGGCGCCUCCAUCGAGAUCCCCUUCUCCUUCUACUUCCCCUGGAAGUUGGCGAAGGAUCCACAGAUGACGAUUCUUUGGAGAUGGAAGUAUUUCCAUGGGGAAUUGAUCUACAACUCCUCCUCAGGUUUCAUCCAUGAGCAUUUCAAGGACCGACUCAUCCUGAACUGGACGCAGCCUCAAACAUCCGGAGUCCUCAGAAUCCUGGACUUGAAGGAGAAGGACCAGACAGUGUACUUUUGCCGAGUUCAUCUGAAAACGACAAAAGGCAUGGAGAUGGUGCAGUCUAUUUAUGGGACCCAAAUCACCAUCACUCGUGUCAGCACCACCAUGCAGAGCCCCUUCAACGUCACCUCUGCAGACACCACAGCUGGCCUGGAGGACACAGAGGGCCAGAGGAAUCCUUCACUUGUGAACAUAGGAGCCACGAGUGGGGUGGUGGUGGCCACGGCUGUGCUCAUAACCCCCGUCUGUGUGAUGCUGAUCUUCCUCUGGUGGAAGAAAAGGCACAGCACUGUUAGUCCCCAACUAAUGGAAAUCCAGGGGCCAGCAUCGCUCACCAGGGUGGUGAAUUUCAUUCGAAUUAAGGCUUGGUGGCCACACAUCCUGCGUCUUCAACCCCUUCCUUCACCAAAGCCUGGAAAUCAGAGAGCAGGGCGGUACCCUGUGCUGUGAAACAUCCGUCCAUGGACAGGUACAAGAAGAGAACCCUACUUCUGCAAUGUGCACUUGAAUUCCUUUCCUCGGAACCCUGUCAGUUUGUCUUCUCUGGUCCUGAGAUCCCAACUCUGCUGUUACCUAUCUGUCUGUGGAGUUAAUAACAUUUUUAAUAAAU